UGAAAAUGUUCUUUUACCGACCCACGGAGACCACCGUUUGAGAACACAACUCAACACGAACUGAUUACCCUAUUUCUGUUUGUCUGUCUGUUCGACACUUGACUGCAACAAUUUACAUGUAUUUCUAUGACGUGGAGAAAUUUAUUCAUUCGAAAGUGUCUACUGUAAGAAUUCAUCGGAGCGUGUCUGUCAGUGGCGUAACACAUGACCUUCUUAUCGCCUGGUGCACGUUUAUUUGACCAGCAUUUGGAUUAAGUCAUCUGAGCUAAGGGUGGGGCACCUGAUUUUUGAAAGAGAUUAUUAAAGUUAUUCAUUGAGGAUUAUAAUUAUAAGGUAAUAUAUUUUCAUGUUAUACACGGUUUAUUAUAAUCUCACCUUUUUAAUUUUACAUGCAGUUUUUGCGCGUUAAAUUUCCAAGAAUUAUACAAAUAAAAUAAUGUGUAGACAUUAUAAAAUCGCUUGACUAUGACCAAGUCAUUAUUUGAUAACCUUAAUGGACUAACACGCUAUCAGUUGAUCAACAAAAUGUGUAAAAAAUUGAAUGGAAGUCAACAACAGUUUCAGCUAUAAGUAAAAAAAAAUAAACUUGUAAAUAAUUGUUACUUUUGGAAUUGAAUCGUAUAAUUACUUUUGUAAAUCUUAGAAAUAAAAUUUUGUAUUAAAAAGUUAACAACUUUUUGACUUUCUGAAGACAUUCCUGGUAUUAAGAAGUUAACACCAACAAAUACACGUAGUGCCACAUGUAGAUGUUAACUGUUGCUACUGGAAGACAAAAGUUAGCAUUUGGAAGUGGACACGUUUUGCUGCAUGCGAAACUUACGAUUUAAAAAAAAAAAAAUGUUAACGUGGUCGGGAACAUCUUCCUUAUUCCUCAGUCCUUCUUGUUUUGGUGAGGAGGAACCGGCUGUGAGUCAACCAAUCAGAUGGAGGGUAAUCACGUUACUGUUGUACUUCUGGUCGCCUGCUAUUGUUUCUCAAUCCAUCAGUCGGUGAGAUAACUCGCAUACGCCUACACACAAACAAACAGAGAGGGAGAGAUAGAGAGAGAUAGAGAGAGAUAGAGAGAGAUAGAGAGAGAUAGAGAGAGAGAGAGAGAGAUAGAGAGAGAUAGAGAGAGAUAGAGAGAGAUAGAGAGAGAUAGAGAGAGAUAGAGAGAGAUAGAGAGAGAGAGAGAGAGAUAGAGAGAGAGAGAUAGAGAGGGUGAGAAACACACACACACAGAAAUAUGCACACACAGAAGCAGGCACACACAAGCACACAACUUAUGAUAAAUUGAAAAUUGAAGACUUUAAAAAUAAUCAUACAAUUAGAUCCCUAGUUUUCAAACUUACUUAGAACAACAACAACAACAUCAUCAUCAACAACAACAACAACACAUUCGAUGUAAAAAAAAUAAUAACAUUCUGCAAAUCAUUAUUUGAGAACUGUAAUAAAAAAAAAAAGUUUUGUUUCGCUCAGAUGCAACAUCUCAACAACUAUAUCAAUCCAAUCUUAAUUUGUUCAAGUGACCCAAAAAUAUAGUGCGGUAAUAAAUGUCUUUCAUUUCAAUCAAAAUAUUGUGAAAUUUCUGUGAGGCUUUCGCCGCGACUAAUAGGGGCUGACAUCAACAAAAGUUGAUCAAAUGCCUGAAGUCGAGUCCCUGGUGAAAUACAAAAGAAACAUUUAGUUUUAAAGUGACGAUAUAAAAAAAAAACCGCCAUGGGUCGCAGACGAUUAAAAGUUAAACCCAAUCACGCUGUCAUAAGGUUGGAAAGAUUUAUACUUAGUUUUACAUCUUUAAAAAAAAAUGGAAUUAAAAUUGCAUUAUGAUUUUUUUUUUUUAAAAGGGGCGCUUGUGGGCAUUGUAAACGUGCGCCAUUCUUAAAGCGAACUGCUGACGUCUGAGAGAGAAAAUUAACAAAACAUGUUGUCAUCGGAAACGAGUCUAUGUGCCAAGUUUCAGCUCGAUAGGUUGACGGGAAGUGGGUCAGUUAGCCGUCCAGAAAUUUUGUCCGUCAGCCAGCCAGCGAAAAAAAUCUAAGUUAAUAUAAAGGAUUUAAAAAUAACGCUUCCACAAAAGUGCACUAUUUCCAAAUGGGGUUAUUAAAAAACACAGAUAGUGAGAAUUUGAACUAAGGAAUUCUUUGAAUACCUCAGCAUAUUUUUGAUGUCAAUUAGAAAUACAUUGAAUAUGACACACAAAAAUUCCCAGAAGUGAUCACUAAUUGUAACAUCACUAACAUUCUGUCUCCGCUUUGGUCGCCCGUCCCCUUUUUUUACCUUUAAACCCCGCCCAAGACUCAUCCGAUAACUGUUAUUGUUUGCUUGUUGACCAGGGCAGGGGGGACCUUCCCCCCCCCCAUCCCCGCGCCCCGUGUUGUCACUGCCAUUACUGUUUAAUGCGCUGACCCAGCAGGUCUGUGGAGCCACGCCCCCCGUGUUGACCCUGGCGGACAUCGACGUGGAGCUGAACGAGCAGGAAGACAAAGUGUUGGACCUGAACGGGGACAAACCGAUAGCGACGUGUGAGGACGGUGAUAAUGAUCUGACGAGGGCGUACAUCCAGAGCGUGAGCCCCAGCGCCCCAUGCGGGAGCAAAUGCUUCAUGCUCCUCCCGUGUGGAGCCGCCAAUGGAACGGGUAAUUCCUUGAAUUCGUGAAAUUUUUACCGGUAGUAAAGAUUCAACAAUUUCAAUUAAAUGGAUUUGGAAGAUGCCGUUGGGCCAUUGUCUUCGGGGAAAAAAAAUUUGUUAAUCUUUAAUUCAUUCAUUAACAAACAUUGUGUUAGCUUCUUGGCAUCUUAUCAAAACAAUGGCUUCGGAUUAUUUUAUAUAUUAAUUUCAAAUAAUUAUGGCUAUGCGUUUUCAUAUUCUUCCUUUUUUCUAAAAAAUUGGUUUAUUAUUGUCAUAUACAUGUCAGUCGUUUCUCAAAGACCUGUAAGUCAUUUCAUACAAGUCAAUACCUUCUCAUAUACCUGUCAAUAAUUUCUCAUAUACCUACCUGUAAGUUAUUUUUCAAACACCUGUCAUUCAUUUCAUACAAAUCAACAAUUUCUCAUAUACCUGUCAGUCAUCUCUCAUACACCUGUCAGUCAUCUCUCAUUCACUUGUCAGUCAUCUCUCAUACACCUGUCAGUCAUCUCUAAUACACCCAUCAGUCAUCUCUCAUUCACCUGUCAGUCAUUUCAUACUUGGCAAACAUUUCUCAUUCAUUUUUCAUAUUCCUCAGCCCUGUCACCCGUUUCUCAGAUUUUUUUUCGCCUGCAAUUUCUCCCAGAUUACUGUCUCUCGUUUGUCCCUACGGAGGGUACUCUGAACUAUGUCCGGGCGUCCAGCUACACGUUGACCGUUGCGUGCACAGAUGACACUGAUGGGGUCAGCACCAAGACACUGACGGUCACCAUCAAAUCCAACACCCCACCGUCAUUCGAUCCAGUGCCCCCUGCCACAGGUUUGUGGGUGUGUGUGGGGGAGGGGGGAAUCGUUUGUUAUUGUAUACCCGUAUGCUCUGACAUCUUGUCAGUUUAAAGUAUCUUCAGUGCACGUCGCAUGACGUCAAGCGAAGAACAUGACCUUGACAUUUGAUGCCACUCAGUUUUAUUAUAAUGGGAUGUUGCGCUUUAUGACAAAAAAAAAAAAAUUCAAAUAAUUACUGAAAAAAAUUAAAUAAAUUCCUAUUGAAAGUUAGCUCUAGAUCAGUGGUUCUUAACCUUGUUGGAGGUACUGAACCCCACCAGUUUCAUAUGUGCAUUCACCGAACCCUUCUUAAUAGGAAAAAUAAAAUAUGAUAUUUUUUUUUCUGAUUUUUUUUUUUUGGACCUCCGCCGUACCCCUGAGACUGACUCACCGAACCCAUGGUGUUCGAUCGAACCCAGGUUAAGUGCCACUGCUCUAGCUGAAUGCUUUUACUCAAAUGUUAGUUCACGUUAAUAUUUUGACUAGCAUGUCAUGUCAGUGGAUGUUAUCGCUAGAGUCAAUUUUUGUGUUCUUUCUGUAAUUGUUAUCUCUGACAUGUUUCUCACCUCAGUGACCAUUGAUGGUACAUCCGUCAAGGCGGGAGACAUAGUGUAUGACGUCAACACCAAGGACGUAGAUGGUGACCCAGUUUACUACACCAUGCUUACGUCACCCAGCACAUCAUAUCUGUCUAUUGGCUACAGUAAGUAAUGCAUCGCAGUGCGCACUUCGUACCUGGGUCUCAAAGAUUCUUUACAUCGAAAAAGAAGAGACACCGGUUGUUACUAACAUUUCCUCAAAGUUUCUUCUGCCUACGGCCAGUGACGUAGCUAGGGUUAAUGGCCCCCGAAGUGGGCCAAAAUUUUUUUUAGCCCCCCCCCCCCCCACCCCACUGGCUACGGUGAAUAAUGUUAAGAACGAAGAAGAAUAAACGAUUACAUUUGAUGUACUAAAAAGUCAACACGUCAUUUCUGACGGGCGAAGCUACUAGUACGAAAUAGCGGCUAAGAAAAAACUUUUUGAACAAUGUUCUGAACUAAAGUGAUGCACUAUAAUUAAUUUUGUUCAGCCGAUGGUGAGAUCCGGGCCACCAAUGACCUGAAGUACCUGUGUGAGAGCAAGGUCACGGCGACUGUGAGAGCCUUUGACAGCUACAAUCCUGCCAUAGGCCCCAAAACAAUUGAGUUUAUUGUCAACCGUAUGUAUCAGAUCUCAAUUUUAUAUUUUUGAUUUUGUUACUUUUUUUUCUUAUGACUAAAAAAAUUAAAAAAAAAAAAAAAAAAAAAAAGCAACAAACAAACAAACAAAACAAACAAACAAACAAUAAAAAAAAAGAACCCAACUAUUUAUGAAUUAAUUUAAAUAAAUCUCAUUCCAUCAUUGUAGAAUGUCGACAACAGCCAUAUUACACUGUUAUUAUUUAAUGUGUCUCCCCCAUCACCACCACCCCCCCCCCAGCCUACAACACGGCGCCCGUGAUCAAGAACUUGGACACAACGUUACAGGUGAAAGAGAACACAGGGGCGGGCUCGGUCAUACACGUCCUGGACAUUGUUGACGCUAACGUGCCCUAUAAAAACAUUCGUAUGACGUCAGUGACCAGUGCUGGUCUUGAGCAGUACAAACUGAAUGGUAGGUAAGCUCUGGUCCUAGGGCCGCCUACCCUUUCGUAAAUUUACGGACAGUCUGUAAGAAAGGUGACCUAAAGUUACACUCCGUAAAAUGCUGCAAGAACUUUAGGGUGUCCGUAAAAUGCUGCAAGAACUUUAGGGUGUCCGUAAAAUGCUGCAAGAACUUUAGGGUGUCCGUAAAAUGCUGCAAGAACUUUAGGGUGUCCGUAAAAUGCUGCAAGAACUUUAGGGUGUCCGUAAAAUGCUGCAAGAACUUUAGGGUGUCCGUAAAAUUAAAAAUAAUAAUAAUAACAUUAAAAAACAUAAUUAAAUAAAUAAACACUGCUCAGGAUCUUUUCCAGCGAAACAAAGCGAAUGUGAUUCAUCACGGUUUGCUCUAUGUGAUUCAUCACGGUUUGCUCUAUGUGAUUCAUCACGGUUUGCUCUAUGUGAUUCAUCACGGUUUGCUCUAUGUGAUUCAUCACGGUUUGCUCUAUGUGAUUCAUCACGGUUCGCUCUAUGUGAUUCAUCACGGUUUGCUCUAUGUGAUUUAUCACGGUUUGCUCUAUGUGAUUCAUCACGGUUUGCUCUAUGUGAUUCAUCACGGUUUGCUCUAUGUGAUUCAUCACGGUUUGCUCUAUGUGAUUCAUCACGGUUUGCUCAAUGUGAUUCAUCACGGUUUGCUCUAUGUGAUUCAUCACGGUUUGCUCUAUGUGAUUCAUCACGGUUUGCUCUAGGACAAAGAUCAGGAACAAUUCAACGCUGAUGAAUUCCCUACAGUAAACGAAGUUAAAAAUAAGGCUCCGCUCUGAGUUUUGUAGACCUAGACUAGUCAUACAAACUUACUCGUAGGAUAUUUGAAAUUAGUUUUUUAGCUUCAUAAGUCUUAUUUAAAAAUGUGUCUUAAAACAAUGUGAAGAUUGUUAUAUAUAUGUGUGUCGCCAGCCCUGCCUGCCCCCCUUUUUACUUUAAGAUAUUAUGCAUAGUCUGUUACGCCCUUUUACAGACAUUUUUGUUGUUGUUGAAAGGUUGAUCUUUUUAAGGUAAUUGCCUAAACUUUAAAUUUAACGUCAAACAAAGUUGCCAUAGCCAUGUUCAUUGUAACUGUUGACCACUUAGGCGACCAAAAGUUGACCUAGCCAUGUUCAUUGUAACUGUUGACCGUUUAGGCGACACAAAAUUGACCUAGCCAUGUUCAUUGUAACUGUUGACCGUUUAGGCGACCAAAAGUUGACCUAGCCAUGUUCAUUGUAACUGUUGAACAUGUAGGCGAUCAAAAGUUGACCUAGCCAUGUUCAUUGUAACUGUUGACCGUUUAGGCGACCAAAAGUUGACCUAGCCAUGUUCAUUGUAACUGUUGACCACUUAGGCGACCAAAAGUUGACAUAGCCAUGUUCAUUGUAACUGUUGACCAUUUAGGCGACCAAAAGUUGACAUAGCCAUGUUCAUUGUAACUGUUGACCAUUUAGGCGACCAAAAGUUGACAUAGCCAUGUUCAUUGUAACUGUUGACCAUUUAGGCGACCAAAAGUUGACCUAGCCAUGUUCAUUGUAACUGUUGACCAUUUAGGCGACCAAAAGUUGACCUAGCCAUGUUCAUUGUAACUGUUGACCAUUUAGGCGACCAAAAGUUGACCUAGCCAUGUUCAUUGUAACUGUUGACCAUUUAGGCGACCAAAAGUUGACCUAGCCAUGUUCAUUGUAACUGUUGACCAUUUAGGCGACCAAAAGUUGACCUAGCCAUGUUCAUUGUAACUGUUGACCAUUUAGGCGACCAAAAGUUGACCUAGCCAUGUUCAUUGUAACUGUUGACCAUUUAGGCGACCAAAAGUUGACCUAGCCAUGUUCAUUGUAACUGUUGACCAUUUAGGCGACCAAAAGUUGACCUAGCCAUGUUCAUUGUAACUGUUGACCAUUUAGGCGACCAAAAGUUGACCUAGCCAUGUUCAUUGUAACUGUUGACCAUUUAGGCGACCAAAAGUUGACCUAGCCAUGUUCAUUGUAACUGUUGACCAUUUAGGCGACCAAAAGUUGACCUAGCCAUGUUCAUUGUAACUGUUGACCAUUUAGGCGACCAAAAGUUGACCUAGCCAUGUUCAUUGUAACUGUUGACCAUUUAGGCGACCAAAAGUUGACCUAGCCAUGUUCAUUGUAACUGUUGACCAUUUAGGCGACCAAAAGUUGACCUAGCCAUGUUCAUUGUAACUGUUGACCAUUUAGGCGACCAAAAGUUGACCUAGCCAUGUUCAUUGUAACUGUUGACCAUUUAGGCGACCAAAAGUUGACAUAGCCAUGUUCAUUGUAACUGUUGACCAUUUAGGCGACCAAAAGUUGACAUAGCCAUGUUCAUUGUAACUGUUGACCAUUUAGGCGACACAAAAUUGACCUAGCCAUGUUCAUUGUAACUGUUGACCGUUUAGGCGACCAAAAGUUGACCUAGCCAUGUUCAUUGUAACUGUUGACCAUUUAGGCGACACAAAAGUUGACAUAGCCAUGUUCAUUGUAACUGUUGACCAUUUAGGCGACCAAAAGUUGACAUAGCCAUGUUCAUUGUAACUGUUGACCAUUUAGGCGACCAAAAGUUGACAUAGCCAUGUUCAUUGUAACUGUUGACCAUUUAGGCGACACAAAAUUGACCUAGCCAUGUUCAUUGUAACUGUUGACCGUUUAGGCGACCAAAAGUUGACCUAGCCAUGUUCAUUGUAACUGUUGACCAUUUAGGCGACACAAAAGUUGACCUAGCCAUGUUCAUUGUAACUGUUGACCAUUUAGGCGACACAAAAUUGACCUAGCCAUGUUCAUUGUAACUGUUGACCAUUUAGGCGACCAAAAGUUGACAUAGCCAUGUUCAUUGUAACUGUUGACCGUUUAGGCGACACAAAAGUUGACCUAGCCAUGUUCAUUGUAACUGUUGACCAUUUAGGCGACCAAAAGUUGACAUAGCCAUGUUCAUUGUAACUGUUGACCAUUUAGGCGACACAAAAGUUGACCUAGCCAUGUUCAUUGUAACUGUUGACCAUUUAGGCGACCAAAAGUUGACAUAGCCAUGUUCAUUGUAACUGUUGACCAUUUAGGCGACCAAAAGUUGACCUAGCCAUGUUCAUUGUAACUGUUGACCAUUUAGGCGACCAAAAGUUGACCUAGCCAUGUUCAUUGUAACUGUUGACCAUUUAGGCGACCAAAAGUUGACCUUAUCAUGUUCAUUGUAACUGUUGACCAUUUAGGCGACCAAAAGUUGACAUAGCCAUGUUCAUUGUAACUGUUGACCAUUUAGGCGACCAAAAGUUGACCUAGCCAUGUUCAUUGUAACUGUUGACCGUUUAGGCGACACAAAAUUGACCUAGCCAUGUUCAUUGUAACUGUUGACCGUUUAGGCGACCAAAAGUUGACCUAGCCAUGUUCAUUGUAACUGUUGACCAUUUAGGCGACCAAAAGUUGACCUUAUCAUGUUCAUUGUAACUGUUGACCAUUUAGGCGACCAAAAGUUGACCUUAUCAUGUUCAUUGUAACUGUUGACCAUUUAGGCGACCAAAAGUUGACCUUAUCAUGUUCAUUGUAACUGUUGACCAUUUAGGCGACCAAAAGUUGACCUUAUCAUGUUCAUUGUAACUGUUGACCAUUUAGGCGACCAAAAGUUACCAUAACCAUGCUCAUUGUAACUUUCGACCGUUUUCUUAUUUAAUUUUUUUUUUUACACUCGAAAACUCCGAAAGACAGCGGUUACCCUAAAAAACUUCUACCCCUCAGCCCAAACCUUUGGAAAUAAGGAUCUCGAGACGUCAUUCAACAGUUCAUUUUAAAAAAUCCGACAACAACUUCUUGCUAAACGCGAUGUGCUUGCUUCUUGACAUCAAAUAAGUUUCUUAUGUCGGCACUCUCCAGGCAAAAACCUUGAACUCAACAUAAAGCCCAACUACGAGAGGACCGACACGCGCUCUGUGGUCCUCUACUUUGACGUCACGGACGGCUAUUGCUCCUCCCCCCAGUACUCACUCACUGUCAACAUUGUGGACGUGCCGGAACCUCCCGUUUUGACGCCUCCCAAAAGAAAGCAGAUUGAUGUCUAUGAAGGAGACGUGAGUAGUCACGUGGGCAGCACGGAAAUAAAAAAUAAUUAAAAGAAAUAAUCAUUAUUAUUUACAACAUUUAUUUUUGACAUUCUACUAAAAAAAUCUUUGUAUGACACAUUUUUUUUGCCACUUGAAAAUCCCGCUCUUAAAUGUCCGAUGUUAUAAUAACCCAAGCGACAUUUUAUGAUCCAUGGUAUAUAUACGCCAGGGACAACAUUCCAACGGUCUGCACAUGCGCACAUUUAAAAAAGCCAUGUUAAAUUUAAUGUCAGAUGGAUUUAAUUUUCGUUAACCUAUAAUUUAAAUAACAUUAAAACACAUAAACUGAAAUACACACACACACACAACGAUACGGUACAUAUGUUUUUUAUGUUAUGUAGAUCAUGCAUUAAGUUAGAAGUCCAUUAAUUAAAUGCUCAUAAAAAAAAGGGAAAUGUUUCAAAACAAGAGUAAAAACUACAACAUGCAAAACACAUGCAUAAAACACCCCCCCCCCCCACCCCAGUUUUAAAAAUUAACUCUCAACUAUCAUGAUACCAGUGGACAUUGACAAGGUGGGUUUUAAGAUUAAUUUUGACACCAUGAUACCAGUGGACAUUGACAAGGUGGGUUUUAAGAUUAAUUUUGACACCAUGAUACCAGUGGACAUUGACAAGGUGGGUUUUAAGAUUAAUUUUGACACCAUGAUACCAGUGGACAUUGACAAGGUGGGUUUUAAGAUUAAUUUUGACACCAUGAUACCAGUGGACAUUGACAAGCUGGGUUUAAGGCUAAUUUUGACACCAUGAUACCAGUGGACACUGACAAGGUGGGUUUGAGGUUAAUAUUGACACCAUGAUACCAGUGGGCAUUGACAAGCUGGGUUUAAGGUUAAUUUUAACACCAUGAUAUCAGUGGACACUGACAAGGUUGGUUUGGGGUUAAUAUUGACACCAUGAUACCAGUGGACACUGACAAGCUCGGUUUAAGGUUAAUUUUAACACCAUGAUACCAGUGGACACUGACAAGGUGGGUUUGAGGUUAAUAUUGACACCAUGAUACCUGUGGUCUUUGCAAAAGGUGGUUUAGCGGGUAAAAUUGACGCCAUGAUACCCGUGGCCUUGGACAAAGUUUGUUGAAUAUGAAUGUUUUAACAACGUCAUUGUCCAAGUAGGUUCAUCCCAACAUAUUGAUUGCACUCCCCGACAACGCAGCACGUAUUCUUAUGUUGUUCUAAACUGACUUACAUCCACUUACUUUAAUUAACAUGAACAUUCACCCAAUUAACUUCAAACAUUAAGAAAUAUACACUCAAUUCUCACCAAGAUGUAGCUUACGCAUUACAUACACCGAAUUUACACCAACAUACACAAAAACACAAUUAAUUCACUUAAAAUUAAAAAAAAGAAUAUAUAUCCAAUUUAUUCCCAUAUCAUUGUACUAAAAUGCCUCAUAAAAAUAUGCACCCAAUUUAUUCCCAUAUCAUUGUCUUUAAAUGCCACAGAAAAAUAUACACCCAAUUUAUUCCCAUAUCAUUGUCCUUAAAUGCCACAGAAAAAUAUACACCCAAUUUAUUCCCAUAUCAUUGUCUUUAAAUGCCACUGAAAAAUAUACACCCAAUUUAUUCCCAUAUCAUUGUCCUUAAAUGCCACAGAAAAAUAUACACCCAAUUUAUUCCCAUAUCAUUGUCUUUAAAUGCCACUGAAAAAUAUACACCCAAUUUAUUCCCAUAUCAUUGUCUUUAAAUGCCACAGAAAAAUAUACACCCAAUUUAUUCCCAUAUCAUUGUCCUUAAAUGCCACAGAAAAAUAUACACCCAAUUUAUUCCCAUAUCAUUGUCUUUAAAUGCCACAGAAAAAUAUACACCCAAUUUAUUCCCAUAUCAUUGUCCUUAAAUGCCACAGAAAAAUAUACACCCAAUUUAUUCCCAUAUCAUUGUCCUUAAAUGCCACAGAAAAAUAUACACCCAAUUUAUUCCCAUAUCAUUGUCUUUAAAUGCCACAGAAAAAUAUACACCCAAUUUAUUCCCAUAUCAUUGUCCUUAAAUGCCACAGAAAAAUAUACACCCAAUUUAUUCCCAUAUCAUUGUCUUUAAAUGCCACAGAAAAAUCCGUCCAAGAGCUUUGACAUUGACUACACCGUGACGGAUAACUACGGGGAAAAGGCAAAAGGUUCCUUAACUAUCGUAGUCCACGACAUCAACGAUAACGCCCCCUUGUUCACGUCGAAGUCCUACUCUUUCACAGCUACCGAGUGCACGGCUGUCGCCUCAAAGCUUGGUAAAUUUUGUUGAACCUAAAAUUAUCCAACAGUAAGUUAUUUCAGUUGGCAUUUUAAUAGCCCUAAAUCAACUAAUCCCAACCAAUCCUUCAACCAACCCCCCAACUAACCCUUCAAGCAACCCCCCCCCCCCCCACCUAACCUCUCAACCAACUCUCAGACAACCUUUCAAUCGACAUAGAGUGUGAACCGUGGUUUCUUAAUUCUUUGGAAUCUUUGUUAGAGACGAGUUGCAGAGAGUCGCUAGAUUGUUGUUGUUGUACAAAGAAAACUUUAAAUUAGAACAAGGUUGACCUUUGUGACCUCAGCCUGGCAUCAUCAUCACAUUCUGGUUUGGAUAUCAUCAAUGUUCUGUUUGAAUAUCAUCUUUGUCGUGUUUGGAUAGCAUCUUUGUUGUGUUUGGAUAUCAUCAAUGUUGUGUUUGAAUAUCAUCUUUGUCGUGUUUGGAUAGCAUCUUUGUUGUGUUUGGAUAUCAUCAAUGUUGUGUUUGAAUAUCAUCUUUGUCGUGUUUGAAUAACAUCUUUGUUGUGUUUGAAUAGCAUCUUUGUUGUGUUUGGAUAUCAUCAAUGUUGUGUUUGAAUAUCAUCUUUGUCGUGUUUGAAUAUCAUCUUUGUUGUGUUUGAAUAGCAUCUUUGUUGUGUUUGGAUAUCAUCAAUGUUGUGUUUGAAUAGCAUCUUUGUCGUGUUUGAAUAUCAUCUUUGUUGUAUUUGGAUAGCAUCUUUGUUGUGUUUGGAUAGCAUCUUUGUUGUGUUUGGAUAGCAUCUUUGUUGUGUUUGGAUAUCAUCUUUGUUAUGUUGUGUUUGGAUAGCAUCUUUGUUGUGUUUGAAUAUCAUCUUUGUUGAGUUUGAAUAUCAUCUUUGUUGAGUUUGGAUAUCAUCUUUGUUGUGUUUGGAUAGCAUCUUUGUUGUGUUUGGACAGCAUCUUUGUUGUGUUUGGAUAGCAUCUUUGUUAUGUUGUAUUUGGAUAGCAUCUUUGUUGUGUUUGGAUAUCAUCUUUGUUAUGUUGUGUUUGGAUAGCAUCUUUGUUGUGUUUGGAUAUCAUCUUUGUUGUGUUUGGAUAGCAUCUUUGUUGUGUUUGGAUAGCAUCUUUGUUGUGUUUGGAUAUCAUCUUUGUUGUGUUUGGAUAGCAUCUUUGUUGUGUUUGGAUAGCAUCUUUGUUGUGUUUGAAUAUCAUCUUUGUUAUGUUGUGUUUGGAUAGCAUCUUUGUUGUGUUUGGAUAGCAUCUUUGUUGUGUUUGGAUAGCAUCUUUGUUGUGUUUGGAUAGCAUCUUUGUUGUGUUUGGAUAGCAUCUUUGUUGUGUUUGGAUAUCAUCUUUGUUAUGUUGUGUUUGGAUAGCAUCUUUGUUGUGUUUGGAUAGCAUCUUUGUUGUGUUUGGAUAGCAUCUUUGUUGUGUUUGGAUAUCAUCUUUGUUGUGUUUGGAUAGCAUCUUUGUUGUGUUUGGAUAGCAUCUUUGUUGUGUUUGGAUAGCAUCUUUGUUGUGUUUGGAUAGCAUCUUUGUUGUGUUUGGAUAGCAUCUUUGUUGUGUUUGGAUAUCAUCUUUGUUGUGUUUGGAUAGCAUCUUUGUUGUGUUUGGAUAGCAUCUUUGUCGUCGAAUAACCUUCUUUUAAGUAACACAACUCUAACCCCGCAGGUCAAGUGGCCGCAGUCGACGAUGAUUCCCCCUACCAGAGCAAUGACGCCCUGGUGUAUGGUGGAGGGGGGGACAAGAUGGCCGUCACGUCAACCGGAGAUGUCGUCCUGGUGCAACCUUGCAUCGAUGGGGAGACAGAUUCAGGUGAACUACACAUUAAAAUGGGUGGGGUGUGGAUGGGAGAUGGGGUAAGCUGGGAAGGUCAGUUUUAAAAAAUUGUUGUCCCAAAAAUCUUGGCCGAGUCUUGACGUUGUAAAGUGUUGCUUAUUUUGGCCGUGUCCGGUGCCAUAGAACCUUGUUGCUUAUUUUGGCCGUGUCCGGUGCCAUAGAACCUUGUUGCUUAUUUUGGCCGUGUCCGGUGCCAUAGAACAUUGUUGCUUAUUUUGGCCGUGUCCGGUGCCAUAGAACAUUGUUGCUUAUUUUGGCCGUGUCCGGUGCCAUAGAACCUUGUUGCUUAUUUUGGCUGUGUCCGGUGCCAUAGAACCUUCAUCGCUCUUUAAACACCUCCCAGCAAACCUUCUUGAAUUCAGCAAUAAUUUUUUAUAAUGCAAAGUCCUUAUAAGUCUCUCCACAUUUUUUCCCCCAGCUGUCUCCAUGUCCACUCAGGACAAUGCCAUAUGAACUUUCUGUUUUUCUUUAAAAUGACCACUUUGCUGGCUGCCAUUUGUAGUCGCUACUGUAAAUGUUUAAUUCGGUGUUUUGUCAUUGGCCAUCACCUACAUCUGCUUGACACGACGAGUGUCGCAUAGGACACAACAUUGUGUACACGAGUCAUACUUAUAGAGUCAUUUAUUAUGUUUAUUUAUUCUACAAUUAUCCCGUGAAACACUAGUUUUGAGACGUUAUAUUUCCGAGUCAGAGCAUCAGAUUCUUCCUUCGGCUCCUUAAAGUGACAUAGAUGAUUUUAGCUUAGCUUUCCGAAUUUGGCGUUUAUAAAGCCAUGCAUCUAGCUUAACACUCUGAAUAUGAUCUCACUCUUUCAGCCGUGGCCAGUGUGACUGAUCUAGGUGAAUAUCCGGGCCCCUUGCAAGGACCAUCGGUCUCUAUUACCAUGACAUGUGGGGUGAGUCGAUUUUCUAUGAGCCCCUCACCCCACCCCCCGCCCCCUCCUUUAUUUUUUUCCAUCUCCUACAUAUAGAUUUUCGCUUAAGGUAAUCGAACGUGAGUGCCAUUCAGAAACUAAGUUGUGUUUGACGAUUGUUUGGUUGGAGCCCCAAUUACUUAUGAGGAGGAGGUAUGUCACGUGUCACACACGCUCUAAGAUUGCCUUUAAAUGGUACAGUAACACUCUGUCUAUACCAAGGGUGGUAUGCGCACCCAUUCUGAGAUCUAAACUCUUAGUUGUACUAAUCCUCCAUGGGUGGAGAUUUUUUUAUUAUUAUUGUUUUUUUUUUUUUGUUUUUUUGUGUGUGUGUAGUUUUUACGUCACCCAUGUAGAUUUCACGUCACCCAUGUAGAUUUCACGUCACCCAUGUAGAUUUCACGUCAUCCAUUAGUUUUAAAACUUUUCUCGAUUUUCUUUUGAUGUAAUUCACGUUUUUUUUUUCUUCUUCUCAUUUAAAAAAAAAAAAUACAUUUAUUAUUACAUUUAAAUAAAAUGUAAUAUUUAAAACGUACGUUACACUUUAAAUAACAUGUGAUAUUUAAAACGUACGUUACACUUUAAAUAACAUGUGAUAUUUAAAACGUACGUUACACUUUAAAUAACAUGUGAUAUUUAAAACGUACGUUACACUUUAAAUAACAUGUGAUAUUUAAAACGUACGUUACACUUUAAAUAACAUGUGAUAUUUAAAACGUACGUUACACUUUAAAUAACAUGUGAUAUUUAAAACGUACGUUACACUUUAAAUAACAUGUGAUAUUUAAAACGUACGUUACACUUUAAAUAACAUGUGAUAUUUAAAACGUACGUUACACUUUAAAUAACAUGUGAUAUUUAAAACGUACGUUACACUUUAAAUAACAUGUGAUAUUUAAAACGUACGUUACACUUUAAAUAACAUGUGAUAUUUAAAACGUACGUUACACUUUAAAUAACAUGUGAUAUUUAAAACGUACGUUACACUUUAAAUAACAUGUGAUAUUUAAAACGUACGUUACACUUUAAAUAACAUGUGAUAUUUAAAACGUACGUUACACUUUAAAUAACAUGUGAUAUUUAAAACGUACGUUACACUUUAAAUAACAUGUGAUAUUUAAAACGUACGUUACACUUUAAAUAACAUGUGAUAUUUAAAACGUACGUUACACUUUAAAUAACAUGUGAUAUUUAAAACGUACGUUACACUUUAAAUAAGGCCGUAAAAAAUUGUAACCACCGUAAUGCAGACAAUUUAAUUGAUUAUGAGGAGCAUUUAAAACAAAAAGUCUCAUACAAUUCUAUUGCUAUUUUGAUGGAGCAUUUCUAGCCAGGUCAUGAAAAAUUCCUCAACUAAUAUAUUCUCACAGCCGUGCCCUCCGACAGUUCCACCCAAAACGACGACGACAACAGCAACCACCACCACCACCACCACCACUAAGAAACCUUCCACGACCGUGACCGUCGUGAGAUCCAGCGGGGUGGACGACAUGGAGCACGUGAUGUCAUGGCUUAUCCCAGCUCUCAUUGGAGGCGCUGUUUUUCUCGCGCUGACGGCUUACAUGAUUUACCGUUACUGCAUCCCUUGCAGGAGUUCAUGCGCCGGGAAAUGCUCACAAAAGUAGGUCCCCCUCUUUGGGGCAAUAUCUUAAUAUGGUGUGAUUUCGCUGGAAAUAUACAAUAUGGCAACUCUUCUGUUUAACAACAAGGGCAUUUUAUUAUAUACACAAAUUUGAUGCUGAAAAAAAAAAAAAGGUUUGAUUUGAUUAAAAAUAGUUUUGAUUACGCUACUGUAUAGGCUGUUAUAAAUAACUAAUUUUGACAAACUUCAACUUUGACAUACUCUCAGACCCAAAGUAACGAAGGCUCCACCAGAGCCCCAGCCAAGAGCUGAAGAGCCGGAGAAAUUAAAAAAACCGAAGAAAGCAACACCAUUGGCUCCGACAGCCCCACCCCCACAAGCAGCGCCCCUUCAGGUCUUACCACCCGCACCACCCAAACCAGAGUGAGUACAACUUUUGGCUUCGAAAGUAAUGAUCUCCUCUUCCUCCAUACGGUACAUCCGUACAGCGACUCACAAACGGCUCAUGGAUCUUGUACCGAGAUAUCGUCUGCUUCGGGUGAACGUGAAUGAGUUUGUGUUACAUUAAUCAUUAAAUGAUUGAGGGCCAGCGACCGGGGCCUCACCCGAAUGACGUCCCUGACCAGCGACUGGUUUAUGCGAUGUAAAGAAAUACAGAAUUUAAAAAAAAAUUAUUUUGACAUUUUAUUACAAUGCAUUGUUCAACAUCUUAUUACAAUGCAUUGUUCAACAUCUUAUUACAAUGCAUUGUUCAACAUCUUAUUACAAUGCAUUGUUCAUGCUGGUUAUUUUGUGAUGUAAACCCUCACCGCCCUCGCCCCAGUGGGUAGAUAUAUAGCCGUACACCCCCCCCCCCACCACACCUCCGUGGCUAUAACUUAACUAUAACUUAACUAUUUAUAUAUAUUCCAGGCCUAAUCCCUACCUAUUUGGAUUCUGGAAGGAACGUAAGUAAAACAAUCUUACCGUACGUUAAUGUACAAAAUUCAGGGUUCUCAAGUUUGAAAAAAUGUCUUACCAUGCCUUAACCGGGGACAGUUUUUUUUUUUUUUUUUUUUUUUUUUUUUUACACCAGGUCCCCCCUUUUUUGUAUUCUGGAAGGAACGUAAGUAAAACAAUCUUACCGUACGUUAAUGUACAAAAUUCAGGGUUCUCAAGUUUGAAAAAAUGUCUUACCAUGCCUUAACCGGGGACAGUUUUUUUUUUUUUUUUUUUUGUUUUUUUUACACCAGGUCCCCCGAUAUUUGGAGGAAAUAGCUGGUGGGUCCAAGUGCUACAAAACAAAAAGUUAACUUCUUAUUUUCUAUAAAAUAUGCCGGCCUUUAAAUAAUAAUAAUAAUAAAGUUUAUUUGAAAAUCACGCUUCGUCCCCAAAGGCUGGAAUAAUCGGCCUACAGACAGUCCUACGCCAUACCCGAGGCACUUUAUUGAUUAAUGUAAUAGUCACCUCUGAAAUAAUUUAACCUUUUUACCCGAAUUCAACUGUCACGCAUGACGCUCCCUGCAUGACAUGUUUAUUUACCCCCCUCAGUAGUUUUAAUAUAAAAUAUUUUGAGUAGGGGGAGGGUCGUUUGCAAAACGGAAGCAGGACACACCACAAGUGAAAUACAGUUAAAUAUAUAUAUAUAUUUUGAAGUUGUUCCCUAAAAUCCACCAAUAGCGUACUCGUUCCACAUGUCUCUACUCACAGAAUACACCGACCAGGAUCACCUGACACAACCGGCCAGGGCAGCCAAGCCGUUGCCCAUAGAAAACAUGCCAUCCGAAGAUGUGGUUCCAAGAGGCAACGCACCUCCACCUGAUUACCUUAAGCUGGGCAAUCCUGGUCCUGGCCAGUUUAACAAACCGUCUCCAGUCAACAACAACAACAAAAACGUCCCAGCAGCGUCCCAGGCUGAGUCCAAGAAAUCCAACUGUAUAAUAUUGUAACAAAAGUAACUAACUAAACUGAUAUACGCAUAGGUCUUGAAACAAAAACAUCAUUAAAAUGGGACAGUCUUACUUGGCCCAUCACAGGAGUUCUCAUUCUGGUCAGAACAGGAUAUUAUGGUCCCGUCAGCAGUUUAAGCAUCCAUUAUAUGUUAUUUUUAAAUGAUGGCUGUCUCUCGUCCAGUACCACUGUCUGUCAUAAGUCUCAACCUUUACUAUUGCCUUUCGUCCUGCACUACUGUCUCUCAUCCCUUACUAAUGGAUAUCGAAAGUGAAAUAUUCUCAAACGCUACACCACACAGUUGUACUGACGUAUAGAUUGCUAGAUGAAAAUGAAACCAAGUAGUGAGAAACCUUCAGCAACCUUAGGUUUCCCAGGGCCUGGAAGCCUGUUAUCGUCUCUCACCAUCACUACUCUCUACUUCGGAGACAUGUUGCUAUUGGCAGUUUCUCCACCAAUCUUAGAAUCAGAUUGCUUCUGUUCCUUUUUUUGGCAUUCAAAAGAUUUUUUAAACACAGGUGUAUUUGUCAUAAGUAUUUAGUUUCUUCAGGUAAGACCAACAAGAAAUGAAAUAAAAAGGUUUCAGUGUAAAUUGAUUUACUCAGAAUCAUGUGUGUACAUAGAAGUUGUCUUUCCUUUUCAAGAUUUCUUUGAUGUGUCAAAACUUAGAAGAUGUGUCUCCUAUUCAUGAUUUCUUUGAUGUAAUAAAACUUAGAGGAUGUGUCUUCUAUUCAUGAUUUCUUUGUUGUGUCAAAACUUAGACGAUGUGUCUCCUAUUCAUGAUUUCUUUGUUGUGUCAAAACUUAGACGAUGUGUCUUCUAUUCAUGAUUUCUUUGAUGUAAUAAAACUUAGAGGAUGUGUCUCCUAUUCAUGAUUUCUUUGAUGUGUCAAAACUUAGAGAAUGUAUCUUCUAUUCAUGAUUUCUUUGUUGUGUCAAAACUUAGAUGAUGUGUCUCCUAUUCAUGAUUUGUUUGAUGUAAUAAAACUUAGAGAAAGUGUCUCCUAUUCAUGAUUUCUUUGAUGUAAUAAAACUUAGAGGAUGUGUUUUCUAUUCAUGAUUUCUUUGUUGUGUCAAAACUUAGACGAUGUGUCUUCUAUUCAUGUGUCUCCUAUUCAUGAUUUGUUUGAUGUAAUAAAACUUAGAGAAAGUGUCUCCUAUUCAUUAUUUCUUUGAUGUAAUAAAACUUAGAAGAUGUGUCUUCUGUUCAUGAUUUCUUUGAUGUUAAAAAACUUACAGGAUGUGUCUUCUAUUCAUGAUUUCUUUGACGCAAUAAAACUUAGAGGAUGUGUCUCCUAUUCAUGAUUUCUUUGAUGUGACAAAGCUUCAAGGCUCUAAAAGCUGCUUCCUUGAAACGUGUAAGAUGUAAAAUUUGUUCAACUAGCGCCCUCUAGUGGGGCAUAGGCAAUUAAGGAUCUCUCUGUGUCUUGGACCAAUCAAAUCUCACCCUGCAUUUCAUAUCCUUUUAAACUUUCUUGUUAGUUAACUCAUAUUUAUUAUUUUUUAAAUUUUCCCUCAGUGCUCUACUUAUUUACUCAUUGAAUUUUAUCCUCAAGUUCACCCAGUGUCGAUGGGGCUUUCUAGCUACCAGUACAUAACAGACCAGGAUAUAUUUUAAAAAAGCAGUUCUCACAUUUUUAAAAUAAUGGCUAUUGUUCCCCACUCUUUUUAUAAAUGAAGUGAUUCACUUUAACAGAACAUGUCAAUAAAAAGAAAAGUUGAAAGCAAUUUCAAAUAUUUCUUUAUUAUCAUAUAAAUUAUCUGUCUGAAACAGUAUUAAUAAGAUAAAUAACAAACACAAAUUAUUUUAUCGGAUGUGUUUCGGAAACCACUGGACCAAUAGGUAAAUAUUUCCAGCGUAUUCCCAAUCAAUAACAUAUAUCAAGUUUAAGUACAUCAACAAAUGCAGAAUUUUAAUUGUGCAAAAUGUCUCUAUGAAAUUAUUUUUUUUUGCAAAUGAUAAUAUGAUGUCAAAGAGUAGAUAAGUGCACUGUACAAAGAAAAGAUAAGUGCACUGUACAACUUGUAAUGCUGCCUGUUUAGUUCGAUAACACUUUACAUUAAGAGGAAAUAAUAAACAGAAGAGAAAGGAUUAAAAAUCAUGCAUGGUCUAUUUUUAAAAAUUAAUUAAUUUACCUGGUAAGGGAAAAAAGAGAAUUUCAAGACAUAACAUUUAUUUUUUAAAAUAUUUAACUUAUUCAACAUAUUUGUAUGUGUCAAAAAAUUGGAUAAUAAAAUGCGUUAAAUGUUAAAUAAAUCAUUUGUUUAAGCCAGUUACCAACAAAUGGCUGCCGUAAUUAAUUGAACAAUAAACAAAUGAGACCAACAACGCUGACUAAUUUAAAAAAUUUUUUUUACAAAUAUUGUUUACAAAAAAUUGUAAAAUGUUCCUUAUGAUACCAGAGC